AUGACAUGGACUAAAGAUCAUGAUGUGCUACUUUGCCGUGAAAUUCUGGCAGAGGAGCCUUAUCAAAAUAAGCAUGGGUCAAAGGAAAGGGGGAAAUGCUGGGACAAAAUUGCAGAUGCAUUAAAUGGAGUAGAAAGGCCAAAGUUCAAUGUUGAUCAGAGAGCUGUUAGGGACAGAUUUGUAAAAUUAGAAAGGGGGUUUAGAAGGAGAAUAAACGAAGAAAUGAGGGCUAGUGGGGUAGCACCAGAACCCAGUGAGCUAGAUGAAGCAAUGGAGGAUAUUUUGGAAAGAAAAGACAGUGCAGAGCAGCAGCAAGCAAAGUGUGAUGAUGGUAAGAGACAGGCAACAGGGGCAGAGAAGGAAAUGGCACAGGCUGUGAGGAAAAGGGCUAUGGAGAGUCUCUCAGAAACUAAGGCAAGAGAAUGUUCUAAGAGGAAAAAGGGUGGUGAGACAAGUGAGUAUGUUGGGUACCUGAGAGAGAAACGUGAAUCAAACAUGAAACUGAGAGAGAGUGAAGUUAAUUUGGAAAGAAAGAAAGUUGAAAUAAAGGAAAGAAAGUUGGACCAAGAAACUGAGUUGAGAAAGAGAGAACUUGAGUUGAGGGUGAGGGAGAUAGAGGUGAAAGAGAAAAGUCAAGAAUUAAAGGCAAGGGAGCAUGAACAAUUUGAAGAGAAGUUUAAAGUAUACAAGGAACAUCAAAAGAUGAUGAAUGCUCAAAUAGCAUGCAUAAAAAAUAAAUUGACAAUUAUUGAGGAACAAAAUUUAACUAUUUUAAAAAUAUUAGAAAGAUUUGAAAAGUAA